CGAUGCGCGGAUAUAAACGGCAGCGCACCGGAGCGCACGCGGAGAAACGGAACCGGUGAGACAUGCGGACGAAAACCCAACUUUUAUCAGGUUUGGACGGAAGGAAAAAAAAAACCCGAGCUGCUUUUUACGCCUCUCUUUUUCUCUCUUUAUGUGAUUUAAAUCACCAAAGGCGCCUUUCUGCAACACUGGGACAUUUUCACCAAACAUAAACUCUAGAUUUUUUUCCUCUGGAGGACUGAGAAAUAAUACAGGACCGUUUUUUUUUUUUUUUUGGUGCCAUAUCAUUUCUUAACUAGCUCACACAAACAAAGCGGAUACAUCAGUUAUAAAUCAAACAGCUGCGAUCUGUAUCUUGGAGUAUUUUUAGUCGUGUGGAGGAAGAGAAUGGACUUACAGGGAGUAGAGAAGAGAGAGAAAGGAAUGCUAAGUUUCCAGGAUACAUGAACGCAACAACGGGACACGGUUUUAGCCAUGAUCUCCGUGUGGCUCGAUUUCAUCUGUGUUUGUGUGCAGACUUGACGCUACAAAAAAAUCCAAUACCGGUUCUCAAGCAGACUUUGGUGCAAGGGCUAAAACAGACCGCUCUUUAGAAUCGUUGACACCGAGAGGAUAUACAGGCAGGCAAAGCAAUGACAAGGACUUUAGGAAUGGACCAAAACAUCAGCAGCAACACAACGUCAACCUCCAAAGAGAUCAUGAAUUUAUCCCCGUAUUCUCCUGAAGCAACAGCAGCCUUUGCCACGGCGAUUACGCUCAUGAUUCUCUUCACCAUAGUGGGAAACAUCCUAGUCAUCAUUGCUGUACUGACGAGUCGUUCUCUGAGGGGCCCGCAAAACCUCUUUUUGGUCUCGUUGGCUGCGGCGGACAUCCUGGUGGCCACAUUGAUCAUCCCUUUCUCACUGGCCAAUGAGCUGAUGGGCUACUGGUACUUCCGCUCGGUGUGGUGCGAGAUCUACCUGGCGCUGGAUGUGCUCUUCUGUACGUCCUCCAUCGUCCAUCUGUGUGCAAUCAGCUUGGACCGCUACUUGUCCAUAUCACGUGCUGUGACCUAUGGGGCCCAGAGGACGCCGCGGCGCAUCAAAUGUGCCAUCUUAAUAGUUUGGCUCAUCUCAGCCGUCAUCUCUUUCCCGCCGCUGCUUUCCAUGAAUAAGAACCAGGGGAACUCCAGCUCCUCCGUAGGACCUCAGUGCCAGCUCAACAACGAGCGCUGGUACAUUCUCUACUCCACCAUCGGCUCCUUCUUCGCCCCCUGCCUCAUCAUGAUCCUCGUCUACAUGCGCAUUUAUCAGAUCGCCAAGCAGCGCACAAGAUGCCCACCAGGAGAACCAAGGAAAGAGAUCCCGACCGGUGCCGCGACUCCAAAAGACAGAUCUCAUCUAAACGGACGAGGAGAUGGCACGACCCAGACAAAUCCCAUCACUACAAGGCCACCCACACUCAACGUGCCUCAAGCCGAGGGUCCAAACCGUCCAACAGGUACCGACACCCUGCAUCCGCCCCUUUCUCCAUCCAAAGAGAGGACUCCCGGCACCCCUACGCCUCCUGCAGUGCCAUCUCUUUCUCUUUCACCUUCCAGCUCUUACAUGCAAAAGCAAGACAGAGACUCCAAGAAACCAAAACAGACCAAGAAGGAAAAGCGCAUUGUAAAGAAACCCGACAACAACAACGGUGAGAGUUCGAGUUCUGAUUCAGACACAGAGCACGGAGGGGCAGGUAUCGAGAUUCCUGUGACACCAGGAGCUGAGCUUGACACCGGUAUUCACUCACCAGCCACUGUCCAGAAGUACAGAGACAUGAUUACUACAACCAAGGGCACUAAGUUGGCUUCGGGGAAGCUUAAACAGGACGGGACUCCUAACUCGGCUCGCCGUAAGGCCAUGGUGAACCGAGAGAAACGCUUCACCUUUGUCCUGGCGGUGGUGAUCGGCGUGUUCGUCGUCUGCUGGUUCCCUUUCUUCUUUUCCUACAGCCUGCAAGCUGUGUGUCCCAAAACGUGCGAGCUGCCUAAGCCUGUCUUUACAUUCUUCUUCUGGAUCGGUUACUGUAACAGCUGCCUCAACCCCGUCAUCUACACCAUUUUCAACAAGGACUUCCGCAGAGCCUUCAAGAAGAUCCUCUGCAAAAAUACCAAGGGUACAUUCUUUUAACGAGCAUCUGGAUUUAAAAAAAAAAAAACACUAAUAGAGAAAAAGCACAACUUCUUUGUAAGACUGUAAAUAAGAAGCUCUUUGUAUAGCUGCGCAACGAUAAAGCACAUUAUAUGUUUUUGAUAAACGUUGGUCGACAGAGUCAGACUGUGAAUUUAUGUGGACUCUCACAGGUUUACAAUAUUCCAUCACUCAAGCAACCCACAAAUGCACAAUGCACAGCAAAGGGGGAAGAUGAUUUCAUCGAGACAAGAAAAAAAAGAAAUAAAAAUAAAAUUGUGCAUCUGUGACGAUCACAUAAAAUAAAUAAAUAAAUAAAUAAAUAAAUAAAUAAAACAACGGGAGCACAGCACAAUAGUGUUUCCCUUCUUCACCUUUCUAAGGAUCUCUGCCCUCAGGGAUAGUAUGUGCAUGAGUUUCAAUCCGAGCAGGCUUAUUUGAUCCGCACAUCACUCGCUCGUACACCCGAGACAAACACGGACAGCAAAUUCUCCUCCUCGAUAUCUGACAAGCUUUAAUCCUGCAGUAAAAAAAAAAAAAGGAAAGUGGGAAGAGAAGCUCUCAUGUGAAACACCUUGCCCAGGGCUAUGUGCAUCACCCCGAUAUGCGAAUUGAUCCCAGAUUUGGCUUAAAAGCAGAAAAGUUGCAGGUUACAUUUGGGUGAUUUCCAUAUCAUUCCCAUUUGGUAACACAGACACGCUCGCUCGUAAUCCACAGAGGAACGUUUGAUUAUCAUACAGAGGCUUGGCCUGCUUUGCUAAUGCAGUGAACAUGGAUGCAACUACUGUGAGAUAGAUAAGGAUUAGUUUGCGUGCCAUGGACUCUGAGUACAACUGGACUUGUAUUUUUCACUUUUAUUCUUUACAAGAACUCUGCCCUAAACGGCACUACCACACCCUGACCGUUCAGCAGGGUGAUACUUUGGGACUAAGGGCUGAUGGCAAUGACACUUCCUGUUUUUAAUUUUUUUUUCUUCCUUGUCUUAUUUGAUGAUCAAAGUGUCAUGUGUGUAUGCCUGUGUGUGUGUGUGUGUGUGUGUGUGUGUGUGUGUGUGUGUGUGUGUGUGUGUGUGUGUGUGGUUGGGUGUGGGUGUGAGUUGAGUGCGCGCAUGUUGUGUGUGACUGUCUCAUGCGCGAAUGAGAAGACGAACGCGGAUGCGAGUACGUGCUGUGGGUGAAUGCGUGUGCGCAUGGUUCGUGACAGGGAGGUUCGUAUUUGUGCCAUAUGAAGAAACGUCAUUCCUCAUUUUUACUUAUUAGAAAAUAUGUGUUUUGAUUUAAAAAAAAAGAAGAAGAAGAAGAAAAAACUUUCAAGCAUGCCUUCUCUGCCAGCUUGUGCCAAUACCUUAAAUCCCAUCUAGCUCCUUCAUUAUGCUCCUUCAACCGGCACAAAGUGUGGAUUCCUGUGUGAUUCGGAUUCAGGCCCGUGAAUCAUUUUGCUUUUGUAUGAUUAAUUAUUUAUUUAUUUCCAUUGAUCACUCCCCCUCUAUCUCCUUAUCAUGCAUUCUUUAUUUUCUAUGUGGGGGAAAUUAAAAAAAAUGAAUUGUUAUGUAAAAAAAAAAAAAAAAUCAUCAAAUGCUUUAUCUGGUAUUUGCAUUGUUUUACUGAAUAGUCUUAAGGUGUUGUUGUUUUCGGACACUGCGUUUGGGCUGCACACUUCCCGAGAUUCAUCCUCCCUAUCUCUCUCCGUGUAGUCUGUUUGAUUUCAUCCACUCUUUGGAAAUAAAGCCACUGAAAUAUGA